AUGCCUCUUAACAAGUACGAGCACAAUGCUUUCUCCACCGAACCAUGGACGGUGACGGCCCUGGCGGGGGCCGCACUACGAAUGCAGUAUGUUACCAUCCCAGGCUUCGCAGAACUGGUAGCAUCAACGCUUGGUAACUCCCUAGAGCCCUACGAAGAAAAGCGGCAUGUGGAUUAUGGAUAUCCCAGUCGAAUAGGAACAGGACCGGGGUCUCACCACAUGCUGGUCGACCUUUUCAGGACCAGACCAGCAGAGCAGGCCCGGUCUGUCAAGCGGUCGGGGUCCCAGGCUGUCCGACCAGGUGUUAUCUCGGCGGAGGCCACGGCAAGAGCCAAGUGCCUGGCUCAAGAAUACGCUCACCACACCGUUGGAGUGGUUAUGCCGUUCCUGGUUGAUGGAUCAAAGGCAACAAACAGUGCCACGAUCCAGUACACCGGAACGAAUUAA